ACGCUGACAUGCACGUAGACCGCACUUGUAUCGGAAAACCCGCGUUCGGGUCCCACGACGAUGUCGUCCAAAACACUACCUCGAGCAGAAGACCGGAUAGUCUGCUCUGCGUAAAGCCCCGCUCGAGGGAAGACAAUCAUAGGUUCUAAAUUUAACGGCAUGCAGUAUUUUUAUAAUUAUAGACUUGGGUCUGAACGCAGAAGAGUCUCCCUCCCUUGGGAUCUGUAACAGUAAAAAAAGGCUCCAGUCCCGCAGGCAGGUCUCUUGGCGCCCCUACAGCGGAGGGGACAGUCGGCUGGGUCCUAGCGCAGAUGCUGUCGCCGGCGCCGACUGCGGGCGUUAGGAGAGUGGAAGGGUCUCCGCCGGGGAUAGAUGCUACAGGGGAUCACGGCGACAGGACAUCGGGUCGGGGGAGCUCAGCGGCUGGGAGAAGCAGCUCGGACAGUGGGACAGGGGAGAGAAGGCUGAGCGGGAAUCGGGAAGCGCCGCCGGGAGACGAGGAGGGAAAGGAGCCGGUCUGGCCCCUGGAGACAGAGCACCCUCUGUGGAGGAGAGGCGAGACUGAGGGCAGGCUUGAACGCAUUCCUGCUCCGCGGCCGCUCGCUUCGGGACAGAUCGCCUCGGGCGCCUCUCCCGGACCUGGACCCGCCUCGCCUCCGCCACCGCGCAGUACCGGGGGUCCCGGCUGUGGCGCAGGCAUCCGCCCACCCCGUCCCGGGGGCAACAGCGCCACCAUUCCGGGGCAGAUAGCAGCGGGGAGAGUGGAGCGGGACGCCGGGCUGAAGGGUGCGGGGAGAGGAGACGUCGGCAGCGGGGCUGUGGCAGUAUCGAUCCCGGUACUGGGAGACAGUAUGGCGGCCGGUCGGGUGUCUCUGCUGCAGAAUGAGCGCGUCCGGUUGAUAGUCUGCUUUCUUGGAGUUUUUUUCUGUUACCUGUACUACGGUAUACUACAGGAAACAAUAACGAGAGGAGAAUAUGGCACAGGGGAAAAGAAAGAGAAGUUUAAGUACGCCACCACUCUGGUCUUCAUCCAGUGCAUCAUGAACGCCGUCUUCGCCCGAAUCCUUAUCCAGAUCUUUGAGAAGUCCAAGCCCGAUCGCACUCGCAGCUGGCUGUACGGAGUGUGUUCGCUGUCCUAUCUGGGCGCCAUGGUGUCCAGCAACUCAGCAUUACAGUACGUCAACUAUCCCACGCAGGUUUUAGGGAAGUCCUGUAAACCCAUCCCAGUGAUGGUCCUGGGCGUCACCAUUCUCCGGAAGAAGUACCCGCUGGCCAAGUACCUGUUCGUGCUGCUGAUCGUGACGGGCGUGGCGCUCUUCAUGUACAAGCCCAAGAAAGGCGUGGCUGAAAUGGACGAGCACCUGUUCGGCUUUGGAGAGAUGCUCCUGCUGCUGUCUCUGACACUGGAUGGGCUGACCGGUGUGUCCCAAGACCACAUGAGGGCCCAUUUCCAGACUGGCUCCAACCACAUGAUGCUCAACGUUAACCUGUGGUCCACUCUCGUUCUGGGCAUCGGUGUGCUAUGGACCGGAGAGGUCUGGGAGUUCCUGAGUUUUGCGGAUCGCUACCCUGGCAUUGUCCCGAACAUCCUGCUCUUUGGGCUGACCAGCGCCAUGGGCCAGAGCUUCAUCUUCAUGACGGUGGUGUACUUCGGGCCCCUGACCUGCUCCAUUAUCACCACCACCCGCAAGUUCUUCACCAUCCUGGGCUCUGUGCUCAUCUUCGGCAACUCCAUCAGCACCAUGCAGUGGGUGGGCACCGUGCUGGUCUUCCUGGGUCUUGGACUCGAUGCCAAGUUUGGGAAAGGGCCCAAAAAGACGCCGCGUUAGGAAGCGCCAGCGGUUUCAGUGUUUCUGCGGUCUGGACCACAGCAGGACGAGCGCCAGGGGGCUCCGCUGGCAGUGCCUGACAACAGCCUUUCCUUUCCGCUUGUCACUUUCAGGAGUUUGGCCUCUUCCCUGGUGAGGACUGACGUCUGGACACUUUUACAACAGUUUUAUUUUCUCUCCCUUUUUCCGUGUUAAGAGCCGAGGAGCAGAUGCAUUGCCCUUCGGUCCUGCCUGCUCUGCACCUGGGACCUGACUGGUCCUUGGAAUGGUUCCCUGUUGCUCCUGCUUGGCGUGCGCAGCAAUCCGACUUUCCAUUCAGUCACCUUUCAGAGUGGAUUCAUACUUGAUGGUUUUUUUCUAACGGGAAAAUUGGUCCCACGAAUCAGCAGAAAUACUAUAGCAGCAUCACAGAGUGGUAGCUGUAUACGUCCUUGCUUUGUAUGCAAUAAAAUCAUUAUUGAAAGGCCCAGGACAACUUUUAGUUUACCGUGCAAGGGGGAACCUGGCUAGUUUUCCCAGUUAGAAAAUAUUUGAAAUCUGCAGGGUUACCAGCAAUAAACUGUCUGGUAUAAAUCAGGAAAAUGGCUAGUAGUAAUACACACUUACUCAUGCCAAAACCCAACUUGUAAUCAGGAAUAUAUUAUUUACAAAUUUCUUUCCAUUUGAAACCACAGAAAAACUGCUAAGAACGAGGGUGGGGAAAAUGUCUGCAUGCACCGAGUUCUCCUUCGUCUUCGAGACUUCAGAUGUGAUAAGUGACACAGGCAAACAUUUGAGUGUGAAACACCUGUGCAAAGCCUUUUGGUCUCAGUAACAAUACUUCCCAUUGUUCAUACAUGUAGGUUAUUUCGAUUUUUUUAAAUUCAUUUCCUGAAUUUUGUUGCUGAAUCUGUAUUUUUACAUUUGAUAAACAAGUGCUGAAAGUAUUUGGGUCAUCCCUUUUGUAUUAUGUGUCGGUCUGUCUCCCGGUAGCUUCUCUAACCUGGGGGAUUCGGUAUGCUGGGAUCUAUUGUAACUGGCACUGGUGUGACUCUUGGCUUUGUGUCAUUAAUUUGCAGUCUAGAAUUGUUGCGAACGUCAUAGAUCUCUACACAUGUAUCCAUGGUGGUGUUUCAUUUUGUCCUUGAUGCUCUCUCACCUGCUUAUGCCCUUAAUGCUGUUAUGCUUUUGUCUUGAUUUGCAUUUCUGAUUCUGCUGUGCCACUAAAAUCAUCCGUCGAGUACAGCUGCUGAAAGAUCUUGGACAAAGCGAAGAGACAUUGGGGUGUUUCAAGGCCUCACUAGUCUUGGUUGAAGGGCAUGGGUUAAAAACAAAGGGGCUUCUCUUCUAAGUCUCUUGGAAAAAUUCUUCAAGAAGCCUGGGAAACUGUCAGCCUUAAGCAGAGGAUGAGUCUGUGCAUCCUGCUGAAAACAGUUAUUGAAAUUGUAACAUGAAGUAAAUAUAAUUGACAGACCCUGCUCCAUGUUAAAGCUCCUAUUGACACCCUCUCACUUAUUAUAACCACGUAAGAAGCAUGAGUUACAUCCCUCUUUCCUUUUUUGGUUUAACGGCACGCAAGACUUGCAAAUUAUUUCCUUAGACUGAGUAUCAGGUUAUCCGUCAGCACACAAACCUGCCAGUUCAGAGAAGUCAGUCAGAAGACAGUGUACCCAAUAAAAGUACACACAAAAAUCUGAUGUUUUGUAACAUUUUUGAUGGGGUAGCCGUUAGACCAUUGAGUGCUCUCACUCCUACAGAUACAGCUGUGCCAGCAGAGAAUCACAGGAGCAGCAGGGACCUUCCACCUGUACUGGACAUCCGGAAAACAGGCCCUGCCAUCAUUGAUGGAACCUGACACUUAUUUCUCCUUUUUGUUCUUUCUAGCAUCUGUAACGUGUUGUACUUAAAUUAUAUGUUAUUUUUUAAGAAACAAAGUUAAAGGGAAAUCUAUAUUUUUCACGAGCGGAAACUGUAUCAUGUCCUUUGUGUAAAGGCCUUAAAACUGGCAAAUUUCUAUACCUGCCCAACAUGUCUGUGGACUCGCCAUCUUUGUGUGUGUACCACAUGGAUCUAGUGUCUGUGGGUGAAACCAGAUUAAACACCGUUGUGGCCAGACAG